AUGACUUCCAGUACUGGGAAAAGGUCAUACCGCGCUUGCCAGAGAUGCCGGAGCCGUAAGACAAGAUGCGAUUUGGACAGCAUUGGAGAACCAAAGGCACCCCCUUGCUUCUCCUGUUAUCGUUCUGGAAGCAAAUGUGUCCUAGCUUCUUCCCUUCGUGGCAGAGCCUUCCGCCAAUACCGAGGACCCAAAACUCAGCCCAUCCUACUUCCUCAACAACCAUCUAUAGAAUCAGAUUGCGACUCUCCUGAUGCGCCCAUCGACGAUUCAGAGGAAGAAUUAUGUUCCGAGCUCAGAAAUCCGGCUGAUGCUUUACAAAUUCUCGCACGAUCUGGGGAGACGCGCCAGGAUAAGCCGCCAUCUUCUCCUUCUGCAGGCACAUCACCGAUUCAUGAUCCAGUGAACACUUCCCGAAAUAAUACCCACCCUUCUGGACGAAACGUUCAGGCACAGCCAAACCAGCCUGCUUCGAACACGAAACUUGAACAUUAUGAACUAGUUCAGCGAGGACUCUUAGGGCUGGGUCUCGUAGCAGAUCUCCUAGAAAUAUUUUCGCGAAGAUAUCAUCCAUAUUGUCCAAUUGUUCCAAGUUCGCUAUUGUUAAUCUCUGGCACCGAAUGUUUCAACAGCGCCGAUUAUCUCCUUCUGACCAUUAUUUUAACUAUAGCAUCAAGAGAUGAGCCAGAGUAUACAGUAACUCAUCGUCACUGCUGGGAGCAUACACAGCGGCUAUUAUUAGAUGUGUUAUUAGCACAGCCCUGGACGCAAAGUCCUCAGACCGUCCGUGGUCUUCUCUUGUUGGCCGAAUGGCUCCCCCAUGUUCAAUUAAACCAUGCUAGUACUGGUGAACCGGACAGCCUGUUUGCAGAAGGCAGAACUGCAUGGACAAUGAUUGGCAUGGCGAUAAGACAUGCCUAUCUUCUUCGUCUAGACCUCGCAGCCUUUCGGAAGGAUAAUAUUCGCGAAGAGAAGCAUGGCACUGACCAAGAAAGGCUAAUUUGGACUCAUAUUUAUAUUGCAGAUCGGCAGAUAUCCGUCCGCCUCGGUCAGUCCUUCUGGUCUCGUGGACCCUCCCUUUCGUCCAAUUUCACUGCCAAGGACUUUCCAAGCCUUCAGCAUUUACCAAACAGUGAAGGGGUCGAUUACGCAAACGUAUUGCAUUCUACACUUGAACUAACCCAGAUUCUUCACAAUGUCCAAGACCUUCUUUAUUCUUCCCGUGAACGAACUCUAACGUUAGUUUUUGCCGGAGACUACAGUCGCUAUUUGGAAGACUUUCAAAAGGCGGCAACAGUGUGGUAUGAUACAUGGAACCCCUUGUUAGUAACACGGCGUGCAAACAAUUGUGUAAUGUUGAUGUAUGAAUACCUGUGUCUUUACAUCAACGCAUUUUCCUUCCAGGCUGUUCUUACAAGGUUGUCACGGACACGAAGAGCUGCGACAGAUAAAAAGGAGCUUCGCCAUGAGGCACAAAACCAGCCAUUCCCCAAGGGCCUCAUGGCUUCACCCGACUGUCGAUGGAUCUACGAUGCGAUCUUUGCUGCUAUUAAGAUUCUGAAGAUUAUGAAUGAGCUCAACCCUAACGAUGAGAUGCGUUUUCUGCCGUCUCGCUACUAUCUUUAUGGAAUCUAUGCGGCUGUCUUCCUUUACAAGGCGGUAUUUUCUGGUGCAUAUUCCGGAGACGAGCAGAAGAGAGAGGUUGCUACUUUAGUACAAGGAUUCGCCACUGCUCUUGAUUCGGUUGCAUCCAUCAACUUCCACGUCUGUUGUAAAUAUAGCGGAAUGCUGAGAAAGCUGUGGGCACGACGU